AAAUUUUACAAUUUUUAUUGAGUAUAAUUUAAAUAAGAUAUACGAAAUUAUUUCAUCCUUCUCAAAUCAAAAUAAUUUGUUUAUAAGUAAAGAAAUGAAUUCGUUUUCAAAAUGGCACUAUAAUUAUCUGAAAAAAUUUAAUUUAGUUUGGAGUAAAAUUCAAUUACAGAAAAAAAUUGUCACAGAAAACAAUAUUAAUGACAUUUGUCAUUUAGCUGCUGAGGAAGUAAAAAAAAUUGCUUCAUUCGUUUCAGAAUUGAAAAAAUAUAAAUAUUCUUUUAAGGUUGCGAAUAAAUAUAUUCCUACAGAAUUUAUGGAUAAGCGUACAUUUAAUAUUAUUUUCAAGCAUAAUAUACCAUUCGAACAAUUAGGAAAUUACGAAGACAUAUAUCGACCACUUUAUUUUCCUGAAGUUAAUAUAAGUGACAUAAAACAACAUUACAGUCAUUGCUCAAAUAAUGAAAUAAAUGAGAUGAGUAAUGAUGACAAUAAAGAUUUGGUUGUGGGAACUCAGACAUUUAACACUCCUGUAUAUCUAGUUGAUUAUUUGCUUUAUGAGUAAAUUGAUAA